AUGCGCCCUUCACUCGAAACUUCCCUAGGCGAUCAGGGCCUUGCGACCGAGCAACGCAGCCUGCUAGAUCUCAUCGACAAGCUUCAAUUCGCACAGCUCGACGAUGUCAAACUUCCGCAAAUCGUCGUCGUCGGCGACCAAUCCGCUGGAAAGAGUUCAGUCCUAGAAGCCCUCACCGGCACACCCUUCCCUCGCGAUGCCGGCGCCUGCACGCGAUUUGCGACAGAGAUUCGCAUGCGACGAGCCAAAGAGUCAAAGCUAAAGGUUUCCAUCAUUCCCGACAAGUCCCGACCUCACAACGAACAAGCACGCCUACUUCAAUAUGGCGGCGACGUCACCGGUGACACACCCUUUGACGCCAUGAUGCGGGAUGCGACAGAGUUGAUCGCUCCACGAAGUAUCCCCGGUCGUUUUGCCGCUCGCGACAUUCUCGUUGUCGAGAAGAGCGGCCCCGACAUGCCGCUCUUGACUUUGGUCGAUUUGCCCGGUCUUGUUCGAGUCGCCAACCGUGAUCAAUCCGAGAACGACAUCCAAACAAUUGAAGCUCUGUCUGAGCGAUACAUGAAGAGCUCGCGAACCAUCAUUCUUGCUGUCAUUGGUGGCAACAACGAUUAUGUUCAAGCUCCCAUCCUCAAAAAGGCCCGCCAAUUUGACCCCAAGGGAUCGCGUACCAUUGGUGUCCUCACAAAGCCCGACAUGACCGAGCGCAUCGGUCUUGAGGACAAGUUUGUUGAACUUGUCACCAACAAGGACCAAGAGAACAACUUCAAGCUUGGCUGGUACGUCUUGCUGAACCCUGGUCCUGGUGAGCAAUGGCAGACACCCGAGGAUCGCGCCGCACGAGAAGCCGAGUUCUUUUCCCGUGGUAAAUGGUCGACUCUUCCUCCUGACAUGUGGGGUAUCGGUGCCCUUCGUGCCAAGUUGAGCACCCAGCUCCAGCGCCACAUUGGCAAGCACGUCAAGACGUUGCGCCGCCAGAUCCAGCAAGCCUUGGAAGGAUGCGAAACCCAACUCAAGGCUAUGGGCGUCGGCAAAGACACCCCAGAGGAGAUGCGUUUCCAGAUGGGUGAGCUCUUCACAGCAUCCAACAACCUCGUUACCCCUGCGGUGAACGGUAACUACAAGAACCCCUUUGGUGAGCGAUUCUUUGCCAGGCAGUCAAGCCCCAAGGGCACGCCAUCCCAGAAGCUCCGUGCUCGCAUUCGCGAUGAGAGUGAUCGUUUCGCAAAGCGGUUGCGACAGCACGGUCGUAAGGUGACUUUCCAGCCCAGCCCGCCUGCUGGUGCCAACGGAGCCAAUGGCGCAGACACAAAUAGCACUCCUCUCCCCCCAGCCGCCGGCGAUCGCAGCAAAAAGGACUUUGCCGAAUACGAAGUCGAACCUCUUCUUCGACAGAUCCGGGGUAACGAACUUCCUCUGGACUCGAACCCCCGUGCGCCUUAUAUCCUUUUCCAGGAUUACUCGAGGAACUGGCCUGUCCUGGCGCAAGAGUACAAGGACAAUGUUGGUGUCAUUUGCAACGAGUUUCUUGCCGAUGUCAUUGACCACAUUUGGCCCAUACGCAUGCGCGAUCCUCUUCGCAUGCAUUUCCUUGAACUAAGAAUGAAGGAGUUGUACGAAAGUGCCGACACUGAGCUUGGUCAUCUCACCGACGACAUGGAACUCGAGAUUCAGCCCUUUGACCCCGAGUACGAGGAGCGUCUUCGCAAGUGGCGCGCUGAAGCUACCGAGAACGGCGGGUCCUACACCGAAGCUGAGGAGGUCUUGGAGAAGAUGCUUAUCUACUACGAUCUUACCGCACGCAUCUUUACUCGCAACGUCAUUACGCAAGUCGUCGAGCGACACCUCCUUCUCGGUAUGCUGCGUUUGUUCAAUCCUAUUGAGAUUCUUCGCAUGCAAGACUCCACCAUCGAGGCUAUUGCCGCCGAGAAUAAGGAGACCCGCGACCGUCGCAAGACCCUCCAAGCUCAGAAGAAGGCUAUUGAGGAAGCCAAGGCCAUUUGUGCCAGUCUCGCUAUGCGAAGCGAGUUGCGCGCAUACGAGGAUGACCCAGAUGACGAUACCCAGACCGAUGACGAUGAACAGACGGCUCGAGUAACCCGUCGUCAAGUUGGCGCCCCCCAGAAUGCCACACCCCAGAAUGGUACACAGGGCGGGUUACUCCAAGCACAACCCGCUCAGCAGCCAACUCGCACCUCUCAAGAGUCUGUGCGUAGAUCAAACCGCGACAGCCGUGAUGAUCGCCAGGAGCGUGAGGAUCAGCGAUCAAGCAGACCUCCCGUCCCAACUCAGGACUCUUACCAAAACGGCUACCGACAAGAGCCCAGCCGUGAUUGGGAGCCAGUGUACCAUGCCCAGCAGACCCAGGCUCAGCAAGCCCAGCCUGGACAUGCUCCUCCUCCCCCACCACCCCGUCCAUCAAAGGUCGGCCUAGGAGAUGCUGAUGGUUAUUAUGACAAUACCCGCCGCCAGGACUCGUACAACGACAGCCCUGGACGAAGCGAACGCCGAGAGGGUGCGCGACAUAGACUUGCGAAUGCCAUGCGAAUGGGAAAUUAA